AUGGGAAUCAACAACCCUCUCCCCGCCUCCAUGGCGUCCGAAUGCAAAAAGUGCGGCAAGAUCCUCACGUCAUUCAUCAACCCGCGACAGGCCUUUGGCCCGGACAAGAUCAUCCCGCCCUCGGUCCUCUCCAACGCAAAGGGCCUCGCCAUCAUCACCGUCUUCAAGGCCGGAUUCCUCGGAUCUGGUCGAUUCGGCAGCGGCCUCGUCGUCGCUCGACUGCCCGACGGCACUUGGAGCGCCCCGAGCGCUAUUGGGACGCUGGGAGGAGGUUUCGGCGGCCAGAUUGGCUUCGAGCUGACCGACUUUGUCUUCAUCCUCAACGACACCUCGGCCGUCAAGACGUUUGCGCAGGCCGGGUCCAUCACCCUGGGCGGCAACGUGUCGCUGGCGGCGGGCCCCGUUGGGCGCAAUGCCGAGGCCGCCGGCGCAGCGUCGCUCAAGAGCGUGGCCGGCAUCUUCAGCUACUCCAAGACAAAGGGCCUGUUCGCCGGCGUGUCGCUCGAAGGGUCCGCCAUCAUCGAGCGCCGCGACGCCAACGAGAAGCUCUACGGCACGCGGUACACGGCGCAGCAGCUGCUUACGGGGUCGGUGCCGCCGCCGCCGCAGGCCGCGCCCCUCAUGACUAUUCUCAACUCUAGGGUCUUUGCCGGCAUGAGGCAGGGCCAGUCCGACGACACCAUGUACAACGACGUGCCCGUGUACGACGACAACCACGACGACGUCGUCUGGGAGGGCCGCCAGGGCGCUGCGUACGGCGAGGGCCAGCGGUCCAACCGCUCGCGAUCAAACACCUGGCAGGACGAUGUGUACGACAGGGACAGCUUCAAUGCGCCGUCGCGCUCAAACACGGUGGGCGGUGGCACGAGAGGCUUUGGCGACGACUACAGGUGGCAUGAUGCGCCGGCAGCGGAGAAAAAGGUUCCCCCUGGCCGUCCUACUGCUCCAAAGCCUUCGUUUGGAAACCGACAGGCUGCCCUGAAAUCAAACGAGGCCGUCGCCCUGUUCAACUUUGACGCAGACCAGCCUGGCGACUUGGCCUUCAAGAAGGGCGACAUCAUUACGAUACUCAAGAAGACGGAUAGCGAUAACGACUGGUGGACCGGUCAACUUGGAGCACGGCACGGCAUCUUCCCGAGUAACUACGUCAAGAUGAGGGAGUGAAGAGAUGGAAAUCGAGAUACCCACUGGUGUGAUACCUACGAUACCACAAAGACUGCUGCUUUUUUCAUUUUCUUUUUGCCAUCAAUACUUUCUACCUUUUUCCUUGUUAUUUUUUUUUUCUCUUCUUGGAAAAAGGGAUUCCAAUUGGAAGGAUACCAACUUGUUUUAACACGGCUUUUUACUCGAAACGGUUUGAAUUGAAUCUUGUCCUCUUUUUUUUUCUCUUCUCUUAUACACGCCUUUUUCUGGUGCUCUUCUGGGUAUAUGAAGUUUCACGUUUGAUGGAUAGCCAUAUUUUUUUCUUCUUGGAACUGAGAGAAGAUUGCGGUGGGUGGUGAUGAGUUAGGCGUAGGGAUAAGAGAAAGAUUUUUUUUUGAGAAAGCAAUAUUACCUCCUUUGCGUUGAAAUUUUGUUUUAUUGCCUUUGCGAGAGCUUUUUAUUGCUUGGCUAUCCUGUGUCUGCUACAUGUAUCGCUCAUGUUCGGCGUUUAUGCUUUUCAAAGAGAUAUCCUCACUCUGCCACUCCUUCUUUCGUUUUGACAAACUCAUAGGCAUUUAGUCCAUUCGCAUUAUACGAUAGCAAUGAAUGUAGGCCAUUCAAUCAUUCACAUCAUAUGUUACAUUCGUCAUCCCGUUGAUCCUCAUAGUACGAUAAGCGAAUAAUGCAAGACGUAACGCUGGCGUAUGUAUAUUAAGAUGAUUGCGUACUAGUAGUACCUACCAACAAUAAUACCAAUGCCGUAUCUGACUUCCAUCUCGACACACGUAUUUUCCUAUCCGAUGUAUUCUCCAAAAGCGGUUUUGAGAUGCCCAAGAUAUAAUGGAUAGAUGAAAC